GCGUUCAAAAAGAAUUAACAUUAGUAAGUUUAAAAAGAUUAAAAUUAAUGUCUCUUCAAUUUUUCUCGAAAAAAUUAAUACAUCUUGAAAACUGUGGUUGAAUGACCCGUCUACGUUGCAGGUCUCGAAAGUAAUCGCAAAAACUCGACAACCGGUGUAAUACGGAUAAUCUAACGCUCCCCUUAUUUAGAUUCAAAAGAAACCAAUGAAAUAACACAAAGAGUGGUCCCUAUAUUUAAACACACAUCUUCGUAUAUCGUUCCCUUUCUUAAUAAUGUCUCUUUGGAUGUCAUUCGGCGCGUAGCUCGGGCGAUUUCAACUCGGUGCACGUCCACGGUCUUCUAUUAUUAAUAUCGACUGAAAAAAAAAAAAGGCGGGAUAUGAGCAUUCUCCCAUUGCGAUGAACACAACCCAAGAACAGGGUAAUUUUUCAAACGAUAGCAAUUACGUGACACAAAAAUAUGGACACGCUUGUGUUUCGGUUUUCCAACAGUGGAUAAUUUACGUAUAUUUGGCGUUCUUUUCGGUCGGUUGUUUCACGAAUUUCGUACAAAGUUUGUUGUUGAUAGCGCGCGGAAGAAAUGGCCUUAUGUCGAUUAUCCUCCAAAUUUCCAUCGCUGACAUCCUGCUAUACUUCGUGGGUGCGAUAGAAAUACUGUCAUCGUAUCAUUGUACUUGGAGAUAUUCGACGCACGGAUGCGUCGCGUUCAAAGGAGCCGAAAUACUCGGAAACACGUUGGUGCCGUAUUUAAUCGUGUGCCUCAACUUCCAUGUAAUAUCGCUCUGGAAUUUGCACAAAUUCGAAGCGCGGAAAAAUUGCAAAAAUCCCUUAACCUCCGGUAAAGAAGACGACGAAUGUCUAGUUGCCAAAGAUGAAAACAAUAGGACACUGACCAUAGAUUAUCGCAAAAGGAAGAACGACGUUUCGGUGAUAUUUCCCCUUAUUUUCGUUUGGUUUAUAUGUUUAUCGAUAAGCGUUCCUUAUUUUUUAUUCUCGACGACCGUAAACGACGGUGACAAGAUUUCGUGCGUCGUUGUAGAAAACUCGUAUGGGACAAUUUUGCACUCUCUGAUUCUGUUGUUUAGUUUUGUUCUGCCCUACGCACUCGUAUUUUCAUCUUUAGUGUUACUGUUGUUUAAACUGUCGAAAACGUCUCAGAAAGACAUCGACAACGUCGUAACUAAACAAUUCGAAGAAAUCAGGAAAUUGCUGAUAUUCUGCGCCCUGUUUAGUAUCGUCUACAUGUUUAUAUCGUUGCAAAGGUACGUCUUGAAUACGACCGUAACCAUUCGACAAUUUUUUAUUCUAAAUAAUUACUAUUUCGAUAUCGUAAAUACGUACCAAAGCAUGUUACAUUACAGCGGAAGUGCUUUUCGAUGGGUCAUUUGUUUCUAUAUGAUUCCUCACUUUAGAGAAACGAUCCUGUCCAAGCUUUACAUUUGUCGAAAUAAAGAUGGUAACGCGUAACGCAUUUAAAUUAAAUUGAACGAGAGGGAGUUAACGGCGAAAACAGAUGUGAAAUUUAAUCCGAAGUGGUUAACACUUGCGAGCCGUUUUCUCGCACGCAUGUGCGCUUUAAUAUGCAAGUUCAGUUACCUUUGUAAUUUUUUAUUGCUAUUCUUGAGAACAGAAACGGUUCGAUACUUGAAGCGAUUAUUGUUAGAACGCGACGUUUAUUAAUUUCCGUUUGUAUUAUUGUUAUGU